AUGAGAUCAGCCCAGCUGGGCAGCCGGGGCCCAAGAUCCCAGAGCCGAGCGGCACAGUGGGUGGCUUCUGCCCCGACUGGCUCCACGAUGGGUUGGGACGGGCCUGGACGGCGGACACCCCUGCGAGACCCUGGGUCUGUGAUUGAGCGGAGUGCCGACCGCACGGAGGGAGGGAGGGAGCCACCCCCCGGGUGGAUGGAUGCAGCCCCCGCUGCCUCCCCAAGGGCCCGUAGUGAUGGCAGAGGCCAGGUCUGGGCUAAACCCAAGUCCUCUGUGCGGCCUCCCAGCAGGUCGGAGGGGGCCGUGCGGGAGGUGGGGGUGGCGGGCUCUCGGUGGGUGAUCAAGUGUGGAUGUUCCACACGCCCCGCGGCAUCUGUCUGCGCCAGCAUCCGCUCACUGCUGAGAGGCGUGUGCAGGGAAGGAGCUGGGCCCCAGGAGUAA